GAGGGUUUUUGGGGGGCUCCUUGUAGAAUAGAAGGUCUGCCAGGAGCACCUUUAUGGAGCGACCACGUCAACAGCUGAGAGGGAAGUGCUGCAGAGAAGGAAAACCAUGAGAUCAGAGUGAAACAGGACUGAUUAUAACUCAAAGUACUAAAGAUAACCAGGAUAAAGAGGAAGACAGUAUGACUUUUCACUCAGUCCUUUCCUUUUUUCCCUCUCAGUGAUGGAAAAGAAUGAGUUGGGGGGUCAAGUUCAUGCAGUGCAGCGAAAAGCUAUGCAAGAUUUGCCCGUUAGCAGAUUCGCCUUUUUCUCUUAUUGAUGUAACCGUGUUUCUGAGAGGUGACUGGAGCGAUAGUUGUCAGUAAAAAGGGUUUAGACUGUGCUUUUUUGCCUGGUGGUGAUUCUUUAGCAGCUCGAAAAGAAAGUUUCUGGACACCCGGGUGAGACGUUUCCUUAACGGAGGAGAAGGUUUGCUCCCAAUCAUGGCGGUUUGGUCGGAUGGACUCACAGAGCUGCUGCUCUUCCUCUCCUGUUGGCUCUGCGUUCAUGGAGAUGCGCCCAAACAAGACAUCAAACCAGAGGCCUGGCUACAGCAGUAUGGUUACCUGCCUCCAGGAGAUCUCCGGAUGCAAGCAGCCCGCUCCCCUCAAUCCAUUUCCUCUGCAAUCUCUGCCAUGCAGAGAUUCUAUGGCCUGACCAUCACCGGAAACCUGGACCCCGACACCCUGACGGCAAUGAAGAGGCCUCGCUGCGGCGUUCCAGAUAAGUUUGGAGCGGAGCUGAAGAGCAAUUUGAGGAAGAAACGAUAUGCUAUCCAGGGACUGAAGUGGGAGAAGAAGGAGAUCACGUACUGUAUACAGAACUACACCCCUAAGGUCGGGGAGUACGAAACCCACAACGCCAUCCGAAGAGCCUUCAAAGUGUGGGAGGGUGUCACGCCUUUGCGAUUCAGAGAGAUCCCUUACAGUUAUAUAAAGGACAAGACCUCCGACUUCGCAGACAUCAUGCUCUUCUUUGCUGAAGGUUUCCACGGUGAUGCCAGUCCGUUCGAUGGCGAGGGAGGGUUCUUGGCACACGCCUACUUCCCUGGCAAUGGCAUAGGAGGAGACACGCACUUCGAUGCUGCAGAGCCAUGGACGAUUGGCAACCGCGAUCUGCAGGGUAAUGAUGUCUUCCUGGUGGCUGUGCAUGAGCUGGGCCAUGCCCUGGGCAUGGAGCAUUCAAACGACCCCUCUGCCAUCAUGGCCCCUUUCUACCAAUGGAUGGACACUGAGAACUUUGAGCUUCCAGAGGACGAUCGCCGUGGAAUUCAGCAGCUCUACGGACCCAACCCUGGUGAUCGUUCUCGACCACCAUUCAGCCCCCGUACCCCUUUCCACACCCCCCGUCCCACACACUCUCCACGCAAACCAAGCUUUGCCCCCGAUGCCUGUGAAGGCCACUUUGACACCAUUGCCAUUCUUAGAGGAGAAAUGUUUAUUUUUAAGGAUAAAUGGUUCUGGCGUGUUCGUAAUCACCGGAUUAUGGAAAAUUACCCCAUGCCAAUUGGACAUUUCUGGAGAGGUCUACCCUCAUCGAUUAACGCUGCCUAUGAGAGAGAGGAUGGAAAAUUUGUCUUCUUCAAAGGGGACAGGCACUGGGUGUUCAGUGAAUCAAACUUGGAUUCAGGCUACCCAAAAACACUGAGGGAGAUGGGCAGCGGCCUUCCUAAGGACAGAAUAGAUGCUGCCCUUUUUUACACUCCUACAGGCAACACAUUCUACUUCAGAGGGAACAAAUACUAUCGCUACAAUGAAGACUCGCGGUCAGUGGACCCAGACUACCCCAAACCUAUCAGCAAGUGGCAGGGCGUCCCCGAUAACAUGAAAGCUGCUUUCAUGAGCCGAGACCAAAGUUACACAUACUUCUACAAAAGCAAUAAAUAUUGGAAGUUUAACAACCACCUGUUGCGAGUGGAGCCUGGUUACCCCAAGUCCGCCCUCAGGGACUGGAUAGGCUGCCCAGAUGAGGACCCCAAGACUGGCGGUGGUGGAAGAGGUGGUGGUGGUGGUGGCGGCAACGAUGGCAGUGAUGGCAAUGAUGGCAGAGAUGGCAGUGAUGGCAAUGAUGGCAGAGAUGGCAGUGAUGGCAAUGAUGGCAACAAUGGAAAUGAUGGCAAUGAUGGCAGGGACCGUGAAGAAGAGAAGCAUGAAGAAGAGGACAAAGUGGAGGAGACGGAGGUGAUCAUCGUCAAGAUGGACAACCCUGCUGGUGGCGGAAGCAGUGUGGCAGCAGUGGUGGUGCCAAUCGUGCUGCUGGUGUGCAUUAUUUGCACGCUGGGAGCCUUGCUCUUCUUCCGGCUGUACGGCACUCCACGCCGUCUGCUAUACUGGCAGCGUUCUCUACUGUACAAGGUUUAGAGAGAGAGAAAGGUGUGAAGAGAAGGUGACCAAAGAGGACGGCACAGGAGAGGAGGACGAAGAAGCGUUGGAAGAGCAGCAUAGCAGUAAUUCAGAACAACGAAGUUGAAGCCCUGGCUCUGAGGUUUGUAAAACGAUUUUGGCACAGUUUCCCCAACUGAAAUCAAAGGAAUCUGAAUACAACAACUGACAAUCAAUGACAUAAAGAAUAAGAUUUACCAGUGGACUCUUUUGUAGUAAAAAAGUCUGUUUGGACCAUUUGCUAUUUUGGAUCUAUAAGGUGUUUUUUUUGUUUUUCAGGAAAAUGGGUUUUAAAUUACUGAUUUGUGAUUUUGAAAAUACAGUUAAAGAUUUUGGGUUAAGAAUUUUAUACAUCAGAACAUGUCUUAUAAACAAUGCACCUCUAUGCCUUACGGAGUGACAAGUUUAUCCUCAAAACAUACAAAUGAUAUCUGUGUAUAUAUUGUUCAAAUUAAAGGUGCCAAAAAGGGAUAUUUGCCUAAUGUCAUAGAAGAACCUUUAAAUGGACAAAUGUUUGUAAAUGAGAUGUGUGAGUGUAAAGAACCUCCACAUAAUGUAAAGAUUCUGGAAAGAAUCAUUGAAAAACGCAUUGGUCUUAUAGUCAGGAGGCUGUGAGUUCAAUUCCCUGCUGAUGUGUAAUUAGCCUCUUAGGAUGAGGAAGGGAUGGUUCCCCCCCAUCAAUGCUAGCUUACGUGGUCUGUAGUCAGUACACUGCCGAUUGACGUUCUCCUCUAAGUGCAACGAGUAGUUCAAAUAGAUGCUUCAGGUGUCUUGGAGAAAGCACAUGCUAGCCUUCACCCUCUCAGCCUGGAAGCAUCAUGUGACAGGAGGAGACCUAAGUAAGAGGCUGGGAAUUGGCCACAACAGAAGUGAAAAGGUCCUCCACACUCAUAAAUCUCUUUCAAACAAUGGAUUCAAAAGGGAUUCUUCAAUGGCAUCAUUUAAAGAACCCUUAGAGGCACCUUUUUCACCAUACAAUAUUAAGUGUUAUAAUGCAAAACAAACUAAAAUGGUUGUCCAACCUAAGUGGCAAAUGUAGAAUGAGCUUUAACCAUCACAAGAUGCAGCUUUGUCGUGAAGUUAAGUACAUUUACUGCAUUUGGCAGACGCUUCAAUACACAUGGACUUUCAAUUUGAUCAUUUUUUUAACACAGGUAGGCGAAGAUAGUGUUAGGAGUCUUGCCCAAGGACUCUUAUUGGUGUAGUGUAGGGUGCUUGCCCAGGUGGGGGACUGAACCUCAGUCUACAGUGUAGAGGGCAGAGAUGUUGCCCACUACAUUGUACCGACCAUUAUAGUGAGUAGGCCUCUCGUGCUUUCAUAACAUCUUAGCUGAUGAUUAAUUGGCAUAUAAAUAGCUUAACAUGGGUAAUUUGACUGAUUAGCUGUCAGUUUUUAGUAUCUCACAACCAGGUAGGGUGGCAACCAAAUAGCCUAGUGAUUGGAAAAGGGAGGUAGCAAUCGGAAUCCAAAGGACUGACUGGAUAUUCCUUUGGGCGAAGCACUUAACCCCGCCACUGCCCCAAAUGGCAACACCGCUGCUCCCAGACUGGGCAGAGUUAGGCCGCAAAAUGACAAAUUUCCCUUGUAGGAUAAAUAAAGCACAUAUACUAACUUUGUGUUUUAGCACUAAUUGGAGCUCGAGUUGUUUUCUCAUGAGGCUCAUGAGGUCCUUGUGCUUUCAUUUAUUUACAUGCAUUUGCCUCAACCCAGUGAACGAAAAUGCACCCAGUUCACAUUCUGUUUGCUGUGAAAUAAACAUGGGAAAGCUAACAACUGUGGAAAACACUUGCAAUCAGCUUAAAUACUUGCAAUCAAGCAAUUAUGUAAGAUAAUGUAAGUGUGAGAGGCCUACUGUUGAGCGCCUGUAUCGUAUCAAAUACAAGGAAUUGUCAUAGUUUUAAAAUAUUGUUGACACACUUACCAAAAAUCUUAUCCGUCUAGUUUCACCUUUCGAUUGUAACUUAACUUUUCCUUCCUAGCUUUAUCCAUGUUUUCUGACCACUGUAGUGUAACAUAUGGCUAUCAAUUCUAUAUGUAAUGAUUGAUAUGAUAACAUCUAAAAUUGUUUUCUGAGUCUUUAUGAUGCAUGUUGUAAUUGUAAUGUUUUCAGUUUUGUGCUAAAUACAGUCCCAGUGGUAUGAAGCAAAAUGACAAAUUUUAGUGUUUUUAUAAUUUUACUUCAGCCAGACUUUUAAGAAGGGAUAUGAUAUUCCUUUCCUUUGCUCCCACACAAUUCCUUCUUUCUCCUCUCCUUUGGAUCCACUUGUACUCCUUCUAGUCUAGCCAGUGACGCCAGCUCAUCGCUGUUUGUUUGCCUUUUAAACUGUCCUUACCUAGCUGUGGUUGUCUGUAAAUUCUAGUCGGUGAUGUUCAGAUGCUAAUUGUUUAUAAGGGGACUUUCCAAAAUCACCUCAUGUGCAGCCACCUAAUUAGACCACUCAGCAAAGUUAGCAUUUCCCCCCAUUAUAUCAUCCUAAUUAAUCCAGUGGUGUAGUUCUCCAGCCCCAUGUUAAAAUCUGCACAUCAAAACUUCACCCACUAUACUAGGACCUUUAGACGCCUGCAUUAGAAAGUUUGUGUUUGUUUGUUUUUGUCUGUGCCUUUCAGCAAUAUCCCUUAAUAUCGUACUGUACCUUAGAUUGUUAUUAUUGAUAAUGAUGAUGUCAUUAUUAUUAUUAUGACUGUUGCUAUUAUCGUUAUUGUUGUUCUCCAUGACUAGAAUGUGUUUUGUUAUUAACAUUGUCAUUAAGAUGUCCUGCUGGACAGGCAACAAAUAAAUGUAAUGAAGUGGCUUUAAUUUGGGGAAAGUGAAAGGGUGGGUUUGUACUUCUGAACUUAGGAAAAUGAAAUAAAUUCAGGAUGUGAAAAAAAGAGAUCUCUGCUUGUGUUAACUCUUGACUUAUGGUGCUUUGACUUUUGGGAUUCCAGUUAAUGAAAUCAGACAAUGAUAAUGAUAAAGGUAUUUUAAUGAUAAUAAUGAUCAUUAUCUAACAUGAACCAAUAACAUUGUACCUGUCCAUUGUGCUGUUUUUUUAUAAUUUUUUAAAAUAAAUAAUGUUUUUUUAUA